CAGAGCCCGUUAACAUGCGGUUCUGGUAGUGUGGUCAAGAGUUAGAGCUGCUGCUUCUGAGUUUGAGUUCCUGGUGCGGCAGUCUGCGAGAUGCCCAAGGCCAAGGGAAAGACUCGGAGGCAGAAGUUCGGUUACAAUGUCAACCGAAAGCGUCUGAACCGGAAUGCUCGUCGGAAGGCAGCUCCACGGAUCGAGUGCUCUCACAUUCGACAUGCCUGGGACCACACCAAAUCCGUGCGGCAGAACCUGGCGGAGAUGGGGUUGGCCAUGGACCCCAACAAGGCGGUUCCCCUCCGAAAGAGAAAGGUAAAGGGCAUGGAGGUAGACGUGGAGGAGAGACCCAAGGACCUCGUACGGAAGCCCUACGUGGUAAAUGACCUGGAAGCAGAAGCCAGCCUCCCAGAAAAGAAAGGAAAUACCUUGUCUCGGGACCUCAUUGAAUAUGUUCAUUACAUGGUGGAAAAUCAUGGGGAAGACUAUAAGGCUAUGGCCCGGGAUGAAAAGAAUUACUAUCAAGAUACCCCAAAACAGAUUCGGAAUAAGAUCAAUGUCUAUAAGCGUUUUUACCCAACAGAGUGGCAAUCCUUCGUUGAUUCUUUGCAGAAUAAGAAGAUGGAGGUUGACUGAGUGGUGUGCAUCCCCAGACAAGGAGUGUAUUGUUUCAGACGAUGCUGGCAAGGUGCCAUAGAAUCAGCUUUUACACACAUACUCAUUCUCUCCUUCAUCAGAAGGAACUGUUUUUCUUUUUUAUUUCUUUUCUCUUUUUUAUUUUAUUUUUGAGGGGGGGUAUCUCUCUAAUAGCCUUAGAUGUCCUGGAACUUGGCUUUAUAGACCAGGCUGGCUUCAGACCCACAGAGCUCCACCUACCCUGCCCUGAGUUCUGGGAUUAAAGGGGAAGGUGUGCGCCCCCACACCUCCCACACCUGGCUAGAGAAGGAACUCUUUUUUUUUUUUUUUUUUUGAUUU